AAUUGAUUUUUUCAAGAGCAGCAAUUAUCUUCUAAAUUAUUUUCAUUAAGUUGUAUCAGAAUGAGAUAACAGGUGUGUUAUUUCCUAUAUGAAAGAAACAACUUUUUGGGUUGAAAAUUCAAAAUUUUCAUCGUCAUGAGUGAAACGGAAAAUGUUCCAAAAAUCGGAAUACGACAUGUCCAAAUGACGCUCAUGUUUUUCCUGCUCGCAAUUGGAGUGGGAAUGCGAGUGCAACUCUCGGUAGCAGUGGUAGCAAUGACGGACAGAAAUUCAAGCUCGAAUCCCGAUAUUCCCACUUACGACUGGGACAACACUAACGUAGUGUUAUCAUCGUUCUACUGGGGAUACGUAUUGUUACAACUAAUUGCAGCGAAUCUGGCAAAGAUCUUUGGUACCAAAUACUGUUUGCUGGGUGCAAUGCUCGUGAACUCCCUUGUUUCCAUGGCGGUGCCAAUAAUGGCCGCUGAAUUCGGUUCUUACGGAGUUAUGGCAUGUAGAACCAUGCAAGGGCUGUCGCAAGGAUUUUUCUACCCUUCCUUAUAUGACGUACUAAGGAGAUGGACUCCUAUCACUGAGAAAGCUAGAUUGGCUGCCAUAGCUCUCAGCGGUGCUACAUUUGGUACAAUUUUCACUAUGCCAAUAGUCGGUACGAUAUCUUCUUCAUGGUUGGGUUGGCCAUUUUCAUUUUAUUUGUACGGGGGUAUGGGUGUAGUGUGGAUGGUGAUGUUUUUUAUAUUUGGCGCAAGUAGCCCCCGAGAACAUCGUUGCAUUUCUGGAGGUGAACUGGAGUAUAUCGAAAGUUCGAUGGAUAUAUCAGAAGAAAAAGUUGAAGUGCCUUGGAAAUCUAUGUUCAGUAGUCUACCAGCUUGGGGACUUUUCAUCAUGCACAUUGGAAGUACUUGGGGUUACGUAACUCUACUAACUGAAACACCAAUUUAUAUGAAUAAAAUGAUGGGGUUCGACAUUGAAUCAAAUGGAUUCAUUUCUGCUGCACCCUAUCUAACGUGGUUUCUGCUCAGCUUCGUUUUCGCUUGGAUAUCUGAUUACCUGAUGAACAAUACAAAUUUGUCAGAUAUUUGGAACAGAAGACUCAUGAGUGCUAUAGGGAGUUUCGUACCUGGUACAGCUUUGAUGAUAUUGAGUUUAUUACCGAAAGACGCUAUCAAUUGGUCAGUGGCCAUGUUGAUCAUAGCUGGAGGAUUCUUAGCGGCAACUAGUAGUGGAUUCAUGGUGAAUCACGUGGAACUAUCUCCGCAAUUCUCGGGAUAUCUCCUGGCGAUAGGCAACACUGUUGGCAAUGUGGGUUCCAUUUUCGCGCCCCUAUUUGUACAGCUAGUGGUUACUGGAGAUGGGACCGUCAAGCCUGGGAUUCUACUGGAAAGCAUGAAGAAGACGACGAAACUGGUAAACAACAAAGAAUCAAAAAAAUCUCUGUCUAUUCCAUCAUGGCAUCAUAAACUAUAUAAUUAUACUAGUGACACUAAAUUCUCAUUCGAAGUUCGACGAGCGGAGCGAGAAUUGCGAUAUAAUCAUAUUAGACUUAUAUGGACUUAUUAUUGUAAUAUAUUAUGAUGUUUUUUACUUUGCAGUCAAUUGUAUAGUUUCUAAUAUACUCUAAUUCAGAAAAUGUGGUUGAUUAGACAUUUUGAACAUUAGUAACUUUCAAAGUAGUUGAUACUGUUGAUAGCUAUAACAAUGAUUGAAUAUCCGAAUGAGUCAUUCUUCAAUAGAGAUUUCAGCUCCAGGUUAUGUUGUCCCCUGACGCGUAGCGCGGAGGGGUACAAAAGAGCGUGAGCUAAAAUAUAAUAUUUUUCCCUUGUAUGAUACACUAUUUUUUCCUGUGGGAAAAGAGACGAAUUAAUAUUGAGAAGAUAUUACAUUAUUUUGAAAUAAGAAAAUUAUCGAAUGAAAUUUGAAGUUUUUAACAGGAAUGACACUUGCGUUGCAGGCAUC